AUGCACAAGAUAUCCAACUUCACGGGCCAGGCCCGUCAUGGUUGGGAGCGAAUGACACCUACCUUCGGCAUGUCGCGCCCUCACGCUGAGAUGGCUUCCCACUCUCUUCGACGGCCCCAUGGUGCCCCCCCGAUGACUCCGCCGACCGGUAUCGACCCAACGGUGAACCUUUCCUUCAAUGUGCCCUUCUCUUCGACUCUUGCCGGUCCAGAUGCAGAUGACGUGUUGCACGCAAGCCCCCAGGCCCUCCAGCGGUGGUCUUUCCCCGAGGGAACUGCCGAAGGCACACCCAUUCACCAGCUACCUGUUCACGUCAACAACGUCGAAUCCCUACGGAAACUGUGUGGUCAAAUAACGGAGAGCAGUAAUGGGAGGGUUGAGGCUCUCAUCAGUUCUUCGGAACCAAAAACCGUCCCAUCGCUACAGCGCCGGCCACAAGGAUUAGCCACCAAUGUCUGUAUCACGGGUGACGGGGAGGUUGUGCAGAAAAUGCGAGCCAAAGUCCUCAAUGAGACACCUAUCCUAUUGCGAUGUGCGACCGUCGAUGUUGAUACGCAUCUCAUCACGGAUAACCAGACCAAGGAAGUUCGUCAGCCGGUCUUGGAGCAUUUGGACACUCUGGCCAAAUACACUGGCACCGAUAUUUUCUUGCUUACGCCCAAGCUUCGCGAUACGGAUAGUGCCAUUGUCUCAUCAUAUGGCUACGCCACCGACAAUGGAUUAGAUCAGCGCUUUAGGGUAGCUAUAUAUGGAGAUAUGGAAAGCACGGAGCAUGCCAAAACGAGAGUUCUGAUCAUGAUCGAUCAAAUUCUCAAACGUCACGUGGACGCCGUCAAGCUCGACCUUACCACGCACACCUUGGUAUGCGGUCGGACCCGCAAGAAUGUCAAGCUCAUCGAGGCUGCUACUGGCACUGCCAUUUACUUCCCACCGCCGUUCCCACGCAUCUUCGGCUAUAUUCCUCCCAAUGCUCACCGCAGAAGUGAGGAUGAAGUCUACAUCACGGGCGAGACUCAGGAACAAAUCACUCGGGCCAAGCAUAAACUUCAAGAACUGGUUAUGGGCGUGAAGGUUUAUAUUAAGGAUGUCAGGGUCAAUGGGAACAAGAUUGACAACAUCUUGCUUGAUCGUUUGGAUAAGGUCCGAAAGGUCAUGGAGAUGAACGGUUCUUAUGUCAUUUUCCCACAAUUGGGCAGCCAGCGGAACGGCAUUCGCAUUCAGGGAACUGAUGUUCUGCACGUCGAGCGUACUGUCAGGGAGAUCAUGGCAUUGGCUGGUCAAUUUUACAGUGCUUCGUGGUGGAUUCUUGUGCCUGAUCCAACUCCUGGAGCCGUGCGCAGUCCAUCCCAUGCAGAAGUUCGAACGAUGCUCUCCGACAUCUGCACGAACUCUGGUGCUGAAGUUAGCUUCGACAAUUUGAACUUUACCAUCAAUGGCUCCGACGACGCCGUCAAGGCUGCCAUGAUGGUCAUCAACCAGAUUCCCUUCGUUCAGCGCAGUCAGUACCAGAUGCGUGUGAAAAUUGAGCUGGCGAACGAGCACAAGGAGUUUGUCAGCGGCAAGAAGAACGGGAAGAUCAACAAGAUCAUGGGUCAAAGCAAUGUUCAGAUUAUCUUCGAUGGCUUCAACGAGUACAACUUCCACAUUGACGUUUGCGGAAACCAGUUUGAGUCUACCAAGAGCGGUCUUGAUCUUGUUGAGCAAGAGAUGCCGGCUUCCAUUUCCUUCCACGUCCCUGAUCAGUACCACAAGCGAAUCAUCGGUAUUGGCGGUCAGCAUAUUCAGCGGAUCAUGAAGAAGUACUCUGUCUUCGUCAAGUUUUCCAAUGCCAUGGACCGCGGUGGCAUGGGCAAGGAUGAUGAUGACAUUAAGGUCGAUAAUGUCAUUUGCCGUACUCCCGCACGCAAUGCUCAGAGCUUGGACCUGGUCAAACAGGAAAUCAUGGACAUGGUCGAGAAAGUGGACGCCGAGUAUGUUUCCGAGCGUGUUGUGAUCAACCGACUAUAUCACCGUGAAUUGCUUGCCCGCAUGUCGGAAAUCGAUGAGCUCGAGAAGAAAUGGAACUGCAAGAUUGAAUUCCCCAGCACAGAGCUUGCGAGCGAUGUAGUCACAAUAUCCGGUCCUGAGUAUCAGGUCCCGCAGGCUGUCGAUGCGUUGCUGGGAAUGGUUCCUGAAAGCCAUGAGCUUCUCUUCCAGAGUUCUCCUGAACUGCGAGAGUUUUUCAGAGGCGCGGACUUCCGCGAGGACGUCUGUGCCAAACUCAAGGACCAGUACGAGGUUGAUACUACAGUAGAUGUUCCCGAAGCCGCCAAAUCUGAGAGCGGCUCAGAUUCGCCAUCGUCAGCCGCCGAGGACCGUGUUGUACUUGGCUACACGCGCAACAACGCUGGUGGUCUGAAGGAUGCAAUUGACUUCUUGAUUUCUCGACUCGUCGCCCAUGGUCUCGAUGCCACCACGGUCAAAGGGGCUAUCCCACGACCUAAGUCAGACUCAUUUGAGGAGUCUUUGCCGUUCUUUGACUCUAAGCUGCUGCAACAUGCUCCUACUCCAAUUGCAACGGACUCCCCCACUCGACCCAGUUUCAACGAUGACACGAGUGAGCGUGGAUCUAUCUUCGAGCGGCUCAGGAAGCCCGGUAGCAUUUCCUCGUUUUCCUCGUUCAUCGGCCGCAAGAACCAUUCCGCUUCCCCCGCUUCAUUUUUCAAGCACGCCUCCAGCAACGCCUCGAAGGCGUCACUGGUUUCCAUGGAGUCCCGGGACAGCGGUUACCGCAACCCGUGGAACGACUCCGGCGUGAACCUCCCUGAGGACGACUUACCCGCCCUUGGGAGUUCCCACAGCCACAGCAGCAGCAAUGGCUGGCCCGCGCGCUUUGACACGAAAUUUCCAUUCGGUACCGCACCGGGGGACAUGACACCCAAGCAUGACCUCCGGGCGUCUUUUGAUAGUGGUCGUCCUAGCACUUCCAAUUCUACUUCUGGAUACCCGGCCCCUAUUGGGCCACCGCGCUAA